AUGACACCGUGUGAGAAGAUUAUUCAAACGGCCAUCGACGAGAAAGCUGAUUUUAUUGGUUUAUCUGAUUUAAUCAUCCAUCACUUGAUGAGAUGGUUCAUGUGGCAAAAGAAAUUAAUCGACGAGGUCAUUCAUUAUCUCGACGCAUCGAAGAGUGUUGUUGCUGGUUUCCUCGCCGAUAUCGAUGAUGAUUGUGCUGAUUGUUCGGAGAAGAACAUUACUGAGGGAUUGAAGGAAAGACGACAGGAAACCCUUCUUGGCAACUACGCGGAAAGUAUCCGAAAUCGGAUUUGCGGUUACCCCCGAAUCUUUAUUGACGCCGACGUGGGAUCGAGGCAAAGAAAGUCUUUUGAGGAUGCAAAAAGUUUGUUUAAGAAGAUGAUCACAGAGAAAUCGUUGCGGGCAAACGCGGUCAUCGCUUUCUACGAGUGUAAAUCCGAGGGUGAUAUAAAUGAUUUGUGGUUAUUUGAGAAUGGUGCCAAGAAAGAGAUCCUCUACGGACUUCGAUGUUCGAGCAAUCCGGUCGUGAACACGAUCAACCGCAUCUGUGCU